CGGAUAUAGUGAAUGCAGGGUCCGUGGAGAGCGGAUAUAGUGAAUGCGGGGUCUGGGGAGAGCGGAUAUAGUGAAUGCGGGGUCUGGGGCGAGCGGAUAUAGUGAAUGCGGGGGUCCGGGGAGAGCAGAUAUAGUGAAUGCGGGGUACUGGGAGAGCAGUUAUAGUGAAUGCAGGGUACGGGGGAGACCGGAUAUAGUGAAUGCGGGGUUCGGAGGAGAGCAGAUAUACUCAAUGCAGGGACCAACAGUCCUGUUUUACUUGUAGAGUCGGCCCACAUCCUAAUAUCAUCGAAU